CGGCGGGAGCCGCUGAGCGGCGCGCGCGUCGGGCGCCCGGGCCCCGGGUCCCCGCUCCAGUCCGGGCGAGUGUGGGAGCGCGUGGCGCGCGCCCGGGCGGCUGCCGGGAAGGAAGAUGUGACACGCUCGUCACCGACUCCAGCGCCGCGGGGUCGGACGCCGGGAGGCGCGGCGUCCGGAGAAGGUCCAUCCCGCCUCCCGCCGCCUUGGGACACUAGGUGCUGACCCCGCGGACCUGCCAUGAAACCACACUUGAAGCAAUGGAGACAAGGGGUGCUGUGCGGGAUAUUUGCCUGGGGGCUCUUCUUCGUGGUGAUUUUCAUCUACUUCACCGACAGCAACCCUGCCGAGCCCGCGCCCAGCUCCUUCUCCUUCCUGGAGACCAGGCGACUCCUGCCCGUGCAGGGGAGGCAGAGGGCCAUCAUGGGUGCAUCGGAGGGCCUACCCGAGAGUGCGGACGCACGCAGGGGGCUGCUCCAUGGACACCCGCCCGGCCCCCUGCACUCGAGGCCGGCUGACCCUCAGACAUGGGCCCAGGACGGGUUGGAAGAUGAAGGGUUCUUUUCGCCCCAGAAAGGGAGAAAAUCUCAAAGCGCUUUCCCCGCGGAGAUUGCCGCUUCGGACACGUCGGGGCCCCUCUCCCCCGCAAAGCUGGGCUGGCCUGAGAGGGUUCGGCCGGAGCAUCAGGCCCGUGGGCGGCGGGCGAAGCGCCGGCCACGGAGGCAGGGGAGGAGCGUGGUGCCUGAGGAGGACGGGGACCGGCUGUACUCGCCCCUGUCCCGGGCCCUGCUGCGCCGGCUCUGGAAGGGCGACGCGUCCUCGAGGAUGCUGCACCCGCGCCUGCAGAAGGCCAUGGGCGCCUACCUUCGUGCCAACAAGCACGGCGUGCGCUUCCGGGGGCGCCGGGCGGCCGGGCGCAGCCGGGCGGAGCUGCUGUGCGCGCUGCGGGGCCGCGUGCGGGUGCGCACCCUGGAUGGCACCGAGCCGCCCUUCUCGGCGCUCGGCUGGCGCACGCUGGUCCCCGCCGUGCCACUCGGCCAGUUGCUCCCGCGCGGGCUCCGGAGCUGCGCCGUGGUCACGUCAGCCGGUGCCAUCCUCAACUCAUCCCUAGGCGAGGAGAUAGAUUCGCAUGAUGCAGUUUUGAGAUUUAACUCUGCUCCUACACACGGCUACGAGAAGGAUGUGGGAAAUAAAACCACCAUCCGCAUCAUUAAUUCCCAGAUUCUGACCAACCCCAACCAUCACUUCAUUGACAGUUCGUUGUAUAAAGAUGUCAUCCUAGUGGCGUGGGACCCAGCUCCUUAUUCUGCAAACCUUAACCUGUGGUACAAGAAGCCGGAUUACAACCUGUUCACUCCAUAUGUUCAGCAUCGUCAGCGAAACCCAAACCAGCCAUUCUACAUUCUGCAUCCCAAAUUUAUAUGGCAGCUCUGGGACAUUAUCCAGGAGAACACGCGGGAGAAGAUCCAGCCCAACCCGCCAUCCUCUGGCUUCAUCGGCGUCCUGCUCAUGAUGAGCCUGUGCAGCGAGGUGCACGUCUACGAGUACGUCCCGUCGGAGCGGCAGACCGAGCUGUGCCACUACCAUGAGCUGUACUACGACGCCGCCUGCACGCUGGGCGCCUACCACCCACUGCUCUACGAGAAGCUGCUGGUGCAGCGGCUCAACACGGGCGCGCAGGGCGACCUGCACCGCAAGGGCAAGGUGGUGCUGCCCGGGCUGCGGGCUGUGCGCUGCCCGCCGGGUGCCUGAGGCCCGCCUGUCCAGCCGGCUCUGCACCCGGAGAUGCUGGAAGGCGCCCUGGAGGCAGCGGCCUUCCGCCUGCAGCUGUAAGGUAGUGCUGGCCGUGGUGUCCGUCCCUUUUUAAGCCAUCGAGUUCUGACAACUGCUUUGAAUAUAGAAAUGGAAUUCAAAGGAAUAAACUCAAGAAAGAUGUAAAAAAAAAAUUUUUUUAAAGGAGAGCUGGGAGAAAAAAGCAAAUUAUUACAAACAGGUGCAUAGCUCCUGAAUGUCACUCUUGUCUUUAUGGUGGGCACCUCAGUAGUCAGGGCUGGUUUCAGCUUCAGGGCUCAGUGACACGCCUGACACAUGGUUUGUCCCUGGAGGGUCAGUCCCUGUCACAGCUGCUGUGUCACAGGCACAUGCAUUUCUUGUGAAAGUCCCUAGGGGAGAGGACGUACUCUGGACUGUCACCCAGCUGUGUCUGUGGUCACACAGGACCCCCACACACACACACACAGCACAUCCCAUGAGGGCUCUCCAGCCCCUGGCCUCUCCAUCUCUGCUCCCCGCUGCCCAGCGAGGGCUUUGCUCUGUGUAUUUCUAAAAUUCACACCUUUCUAAAGCCGUGGAGUACCUUUCCUGAGCGAGCAGUCCAAGAAAAGCUGACCUGAGAAGCAGCCCCAGGAGGCACCUUGUUUUCUUGCACUAUUUCCUUAGUUGAUUGGGAGGCCCCCAGGCACCGGAACACAGCGGCAGGUAAAUACAGAUUUGGGGGCAACAGGGCCAUCCUGGACCCCAGCUUUUCUGGCCUCACCUGCCAGCUCGCCCUGAAGUCUUCUAGCUACAGGUGCUCUCCUGACCCCAUAUGGGGGAUUCCUUCCAGCCCGGAGCCGUCCCUUUGUGUCCAGGGCUGCACAGAUGUCUGUCUCAUGCAUUUUUCUUGCAGGUUCCUAUCAGCUGUUGGCAUCCUGACAGUGAUGUGCUGCUUUCCAUGAAUUCUUCCUGAAGACAGAUGUUUAAGAAUCCCACCCUUGGUUUUUUGUUUUGGGGUUUUUUUUUGCUUUUUAGGUUCCUAGACUAGGGGUCAAAUCGGAGCUAUACUGCCAGCCUACACCACAGCCACAGCCACAACCACAGCCACACGGGAUCCCAGCCUUGUCUGUGACUACAGCUCACAGCAAUGCCAGAUCUUUAACCCACUGAGCAAGGCCAGGGACUGAACCCACAUCCUCAUGGUUCCUAGUUGGGCUCAUUAACCACUGAGCCACGAAGGGAACUCCAACCUCACCCUUGUUUUCACAGCUAUGUUUUACAUUGGCAACAUAACAAAGCCAUAUACUUCAUACAGUUGCGCGAACGCUUCACACUUUCCCAGCCUGGAAAAUAGUAUAUACCUCCAAGGGACAGGCAGUAGCAGGAAGCUUGUCACCCAGUGUGUUCACUGAACCAGUUUGUUUUGUUGUAAUCUCAACUUUCGUCACGGAUACAGUGGGGGGCGGGGAGUGUUUUUACUGUGAUUCUAAUGAAACAGAGACAUUUUGGAAUACUUAGUUAAACAUGUGAUUUCAAUCUAUAACCAAAAUAUAUCUCAGUGGUACAGUGAGGGGUUCUGGUCAAUGACAGGAGCAGCUUAAUUCAGUAUGUGCUCUUUUGCAAGUCUGUGGAUUUCAGGAGAGUUUAGUGCAAAAGUGUUUUUGUUCCAAAAUGAGUUAUUUUCCUGAGCAAGAGUGGUUGACAGAAGCUGGUUGCUCUGUCCGGUUGGUCUACACCACAGAAAUCGGGUCUGGUCCCAGCCCUGUCUUGCGGCUUACUGUCAGAGCGAAUUCGAGGGUCAUUGAAAAGCCUCAGUGGUGACAGUAUCCCCUAAAAGCCCACCUGGAGAACUUUGCUUCCAGACCUGUGAGAAGGGAUGGCUAAUUCUGUCCAGAACGUUGGUUUCUGUCUGAGCAGACGUGGCCAGACCACUUUUCUCCCUGGAUUCCCGAAAGAGCGAGAUCUUGUCUUGUCCGCUAUUUAGCAAGUGAUGCGUUCAGUGACUCUGGGCGCUGGGAGGUGGCUCUGACUGGGGAUGAGCAGUCCAGCCACUUUGUCCCUCCCUGGACCCUCCAAGAUCUGCCCCUCAGAUGCUUAUGACGUUCCUUUAACAGUCUUUCUACCUGAUUUCCCCACUGGCCUCUCUGUCCAGGGCUGCCCCUUAGGUGGCAUGAGAUCAUGGGCCGGGAAAAGGUACCAGGGGUCCAUGUAAACAGUCAAGUUCAGAAGCCCCAAAGGACACUUCAGAGAUCUUUAAAUACAUUUUGUUGUAACACAUGUACUUUAAAACAAACUUUCAGUCUCACAGAGGUCAUAAGGAAGACCGGAGAACAUAAGAAAAUUUAAUGCAAAGUUUUGGAUUUAUUAUGGCCUUGAAAACCAUUAUGGGGUCUGGGCUCUGGUAGACACUGAGAAAAUGGGGUGCACGUAUGACUAUAACAUGGGCUGGACUUUCUUCUUUGUAAAAGUUUAAAUUGCGUAGCUGCUCAAAAGUACUAGGCAGUUAGAGCUGAUGGGAUGACUGUUUCUCGUGUUAACCAGAUUGGUUCUAAGUGGCAGCAUGUGGCCAGACCUUAAGUCCACAAGUGCCCCGUCUACUGACCUGCAAUAAACACAGGGUCCUUCCACGCAGGAGUUAUGGGAAAUGGUGCCCUGCUCUUUUCUUCCAGGCUUCGCCCCUUCCAACCACCCACCUCUCUGUGAAGGGAUGCCGAUAAUCAGAAGCCAUUAAGUGGUGGCCCUUUUAUCACGCUCAAGACUGCUGAGGUCAGGUGGCUUUACAUUUCCAGAAUUUCACUUACUUUUUUGUUGCUGUUGUUACCACAGUGAAACAGACACUGACCUGAGUGACAACUCGUCUCCAGUUUCUCCCCAGCACGGUUCCCCGGCCCCUUCCAGAUAGGAGGGACAGUCCCCAGGGAAUGCCAGCAUGUCACCUUCCCCUCAGGUGCAGGGAAGGAGAUGGACAGCGAGGAGCUGCAGGUACAAAGCACAGCCUCAGGGUGAGUGCUGAGAGGGCUUUUGCUCACCUUUUGGUCAUGAGGUCUGUCCUCGUCCGCUGGACACAGAGCUCAAGGACCCUGAGUCCACAGCUCUGGCCAUGCGUCCUGCACCUCAGCCCAUCAGUAGGAGCUUCCUCUGUCCCACACUUUCCAGUGGUCAUUGUCACGGUAGCCUAGCAUCUGGACAAAGCCAUGCUGAAAUCAUCAUUAGCAUUUUCAAAAUUGGGAAUGAAAGUAACUGUUGGAAGCUGCCCCGGCUCACCCGGUUACAUGUUCAUAAGCCUGUUCAUCUGGGUGGAACAGAUUAAUAACCUGAUACUGUGGGCUGACCCGGGCAGAGACACUCACAGCCACUGAAUUAAUUAGGUCCUCUUUGGCUGUGUCAGGUGGAAUCUGGCUCACGUGAGUCAUGGCAGGUGGUGGAGGAAUUUCAUGUGCAUAUAAGACCCAAUUAAAGCUCUCUCCUGUCCUUUUUUUUUUUUUUUUUUUUCCUGCUUUUUAGAGCCAUGGAUGCGGCAUAUGGAAGUUCCCAGGCUCGGGGUCAAAUUGGAACUGCAGCUGCCAGCGAACACCAUAGCCACAGCAACACCAGAUUCAAGCCGUGUCUGUGACCUACACUACAGAUCACGGCAAUGCUGGAUCCUUAACCCACUGAGCCAGGCCAGGGAUCGAACCCACGUCCUCGUGGAUACUAGUCGGGUUCAUUACUGCUGAGCCACAAUGGGAACUCCCUCUCCAGCCUUAUUCUUAGAGAUCAACGCACAGUGCACGGUUGGGGCUGGUGGCCAGGGUGACCUGGAACCGUUGCAGCUUAGCUGUGGAGAGAGAUGGAGCCAGCAGUUGGGAGAUUCGUCCAGAAACACAUGACUGAAUGUAUAGGCCAGAUAGUAUCUGAAUAUUUUCAUCAUAUGGAUGAUGUUGUCUCUCACUUGCUGAUAACUUAGGACUCCUAGUGGUUCCACAGCUGAUGAGGGUGGCUGCCUGUAGAAAUCAAGCGCUUAGGUAAAGUAUUCCUGAGUUCAAAGUUGCUUUUUAUACCUUGGAUAUUUCCAUCGUGAAAUUAUUUUGCAUGGUUCUGUCUCUCGGGUAUUAUUUCCACAAUUUGGUAAAUGAAAGGUAUUUCUCUUUCAAGGAAAUAAGUUGUGAGUUCUGAACUCUUGUUUUAUUAAGUGGAUGAAGGCUUUUAGUAAGAAGAAAUGAUCCAGCAACCUUCGCGACCAGCUUGGGCUAAUGGAAUUUAAAGAAUUAAAGAUACCGAUACAGUUCUUAUUCUUGUUACAAACAGUGUGUAUGUAGAUAUAGUUAUGUAAUUGUAUAUAUACUUAUCUACACACAUGGUUGCUUUUCUGUUGUCUUUUGUCAUCCCACUUUCUUUCUGAAAUGUUUACAGUAAAUUUGGUUUUAAUUAUGCAAACAGCAGCUUUUUAAGAGAAGUAAGUAAAUGUUAGGUCCUUCUGUUUAAACAACCACAAAAAAGAAGGCUUCCCCUACAUUCAUUUUGCACGGUUCAGGCCACAUGAACAAGUGCAGCAGAAAUAUCGAAACGGCAUUGGAAGGGUUGAACUACUGCCUGAAGGUUGCAUCCUCAUCAGAAGCCUAACUUGACUGUGAACUUUGAUGGGAAAUUGAUGGAGAGCUCCUGGCUUUUGCAAGAUUGGGGAAGAAACACUUACUCAGUUCUAUGGAAAAAAGUCAUCUUACUAGGAAGGUUUCACACAAAUUAACCGCAUGGGAACUGUUAAAACCUAACAUUCAUGAUCCCACACAUUCUCUUGUUCUUGAGAUAAAAUACGUACGAAUUCUUUCCAGUGGAAACCAGUGAACUUUUUUAACAGCUUUGGGAGUUUUUUGGUAUAAUAAUUUUUUUACCAGAAAUGUGUCCUCUGCAGACUACUUAAGGCUUGAGGUUUUCCAGGAGUCCCAUUUUAAAAGUGUUUGUACACGGUUUAACACUUUGCUAUUUUCUAUUUUGGUUUUGUAUAUUUUUAUGUGUACACAGUGUACAGACUUUUCUCUUGUAAAUAAAACAUGUUCACGAUUUGUCUAGAA